UUUGCAAAUGCCCUCCAAUUGUUUGAUUGAAUAGCUAAGUAAACCCUAUAAAAAGAUUCUUAGUUCUUAUUACCAUUAAUAAUAGCUUCAUUAACACACUGGAUCAAGUAGUUAAGCUUUGCUGUGAUGACAUGGAGACCACAUGGCAAGUGGUUGGCCCAAUUGGGUUGAUCUUGAUCUCUUUUUUUUCUGAGUUGUGGACAAUAAUUAGUCUAGUGAUUAUAGACUCGUCAAUCUUCUUUUUCAAGUUAUUAGAUUAUUAUUUGCCAGUUGGAAUGACUUAAUUUCUUCAUAACAACCUCCCUCAGUUGCUUCUAUAUAAUUCCAUUGCACGAGGCCUAUGGUCUUCUAUCCUUUAAGUACAAGGGUGAAGACCUCUACCGACCCAGAAGUUGAGGAGCACAUCACAACCUAUUAGAGAAGAACCAGAAGAGAAAGAAAGAGAAAAAUGGCUUGUUGGUCUGCAGAGAAUGCUACUCAAGCUUACAUCAGAACCUUGAAAAUGGGAAACAGAGUCAAGGAACCAGAUGUAGCUGAGUUUGUAUCAGCACUUGCUGCGGGUAACAGUGCACAGCUCAUGGUAGAGGUUUGUGCAGGAACUGCAGGCACAACCACAUUGGCUCUUGUUGCAGCAGCACAUCAGACCGGUGGUCGCGUUGUGUGUAUCCUUCGUGGGCUAGAUGAGCUUCAUGCAUCUGAAGAUGCUCUAGGUUCCAAUGCUGAUUAUGUUGAGUUUGUUAUUGGUGAUGCUCGGAGACUUCUAAUGAACUGCUAUAAAGGUGCAGAUUUCACUCUCAUUGAUUGUAACUUGGAAGAUCAUGAAGGUGUAUUUCGAGCAGUGCAAGCAGGAGUGAAGCAUGGAGAAGCUGUUGUGGUGGGCUACAAUGCAUUAGGCAAAGGAUCAUGGUGGCCAAGAAGUGGGUCAAAGACCCAAUUGCUGCCUAUUGGAGGGGGAUUGCUGGUGGCUCGGAUACCUGCAAUGGCCAAGGUUGGAGGCAACAAUGCUGGUGGUGGUGGUGUCAAUGGUGCCAAAAGGAGUCGAUGGGUUGUUAGAGUAGACAAGUGCACAGGUGAAGAGCAUGUUUAUAGGAUCACAUCUCCUUAGAGGAAAGAGGUUGAGGUCUAGUCUAUGUCUUUGCUUCUUCUAUGUGCUCUGUUUCUACUAUUUUGGGGGCUUUGUUGAAACAAGAGUACUAUGUUGAGAAGAGAGUCUAAAUUGUAAAUAGCCAAAGUCAUGUAGUACCCAUCUAAAGCUCUUUAGUUUUUGAGGGCUUAGGAGCUUUGUAUUGUUAUCUGAAUUUUGUUGUGAAUUAUAAGGAAAAAACUUGGAGUCACUU